GCUGCCGCUCCCCCGAACGCCUGCGAGAACCGCAGGGAGACCCACGGGGGAAGGGCUUAGGACCCCCCCGUCGGCUCUGCCGAACCGAGCCGAGCCGAGGCACCGCUCCGCCCCGCAACCCGGAUGGAACCCGACCCGCGCAAGCGCUGCCCAGCGCGGUUCCGCCAUGGCGCUUCCCGCAGCGCGUCUGGCGCGGAUCUCCCGCAGCGUCUCCUUCAGCGCUUGCCACCGGCUGCACAGCAAAUCACUGAGUGAUGAAGAAAACCUGAAGCUGUUUGGGAAAUGCAACAAUCCAAAUGGCCAUGGCCACAACUAUAAAGUGAUAGUCACUGUGCGGGGAGAGAUUGACCCUGUCUCAGGAAUGGUUAUAAACCUGACAGACCUGAAAGAAUACAUGCAGGAGGCGAUCAUGGAACCACUUGACCACAAAAACCUGGAUAAGGAUGUGCCUUACUUUGCUGAGGUUGUGAGCACCACAGAGAAUGUUGCAGUAUUCAUCUGGGAAAACCUCAAGAAGCUCCUGCCCACAGGAACUCUUUAUAAAGUCAAAGUCUAUGAAACGGACCAGAACGUUGUUGUUUACAAAGGAGAAGAAACAAUCUCUGAGAAGUAAGAUGAUCCUCAGCUCAGCUGGUCAGAAAGGCUGCUGCAGAAUCAGAUCAGUGGGUGCCAAUGGGUCCUGCAUUACCUAAGGACAAAUUACAGAUGUUUCCCCAGGAUCCUUGCAGCAUCUUGCACCUUGGGUUCUCAGGACUUGCUGAUUUGUCUGCUUUUUCUCAAGACAUUCCUGUUUUGCAAACCCAGAGAACCAAGCUGAUGUGAAGUGUACAACUGUGCCAUGGUAAAUAAAGCAGCUUUCUAGAGAGAAGAAAGCCUGGCAAAACGUGU